AUCGAGCCUGUUCGAAUGCGGAUAUCGUUUUUCCAGCCCUAGUGAAUAGUGAAUACACAAGACCAUCCACAAUAUGGAAUACGGUACACUAUGACGUCACUAUGCUGUGAGUGGAACGAAAAUAAAAUUGAGUUGGUGACAAAAUUUAAAGGCAUGUUUCAAGGAGGACUAAGACCUGGACGAAUGUUGAAGAAAUGCAAGAAAUAUGAAUGACUGCUCUGAUCAGCUGCUGUUCUUUUGCCUUUCUUGAACAAAAGGCAAAAUAGCAACAGUGGUCCAGAAGACUAUAAAACCCCGCUGGAACUAUCAAUUAGGUGUACUGCCAGUAUUUUAAAAUCUUCAGAGGAACCUUCUGAGUUAUUAAACAUUGAUGAAGAUACAGGAAUCAGCCACAACCAGCACAAGUACUUGUCUACAGUCUUCAGUGUCAUCAGUGCCCAGGAAAAAAAAUGAAGGAUUUGGCUCAGUAGUGUUCAGGACCAGUAACUUCUGCAGUUCGACACAAUGAGUUACGAGGAAACAACAGGAGAUUUAAAUACAUCAGUUGGUGAAUUGGCCAACUUGAUGAAUGAUACUUUCACAUGCUGCAUGAGGAACUAUGAAGCUUUACUGCCUUAUCUUGAGAAAAAUGAUACAACACCUAAAAUAUAUCAUAGAUUAGUGCAUGUUAAUAUAUUGUUGAACAAGUUAAAUGAAGAACUCGUAGGACUGAGAGUUGACUAUUUAACUCUUUCAUCAUAUGAACAAAAAGGGGAGCCUGUUCUGUCUGAGGGAACUAGAAAGAGAAGAGGCUCUGAGGUAAGCAGAAGCGGGGCCAAAAGUAUAAAGACGGAAAUACCGGUUUCCAGUAAUACUGAGUUUUCAGUUACGUUAUUUUCAGAGACUGGAAUCAGUAAGCACUCAGGGAAUUUUGUAUCAGUGGAUACUGAAGGAACAAAACACACAAACGUACAGAAGUCAGAUGUGCACUGUGCCAAAAAUAUAAAAUCAGAAGUACGUGACUCAGAUGAAGUUGUAGAUUUAGUUGAAUUCACUGCAGGUAGUAGUUACACUCCAACAGUUCAGACAGCAUGUGAUACUGUAAAUAAUGGGAUGACAUUACAUAUUGCUGGUGAUGAGAAAAAUGCAUGUGUGUUGGGUAGACUUGUGGGAGGUAAUGCAUGUGCUAAACCUGCUGACGAAAUUACUCAGAAUAAAAGUAAUGAAGAGUGUGUUCGGUUGCAAAAUGUCAACAGUGAGACUAGCAAGCAAAAGGAAUGUGAAUCCAGUGGUGGUGGUGGUGGUGGUGGUGGUGGUAGUAAAGAUUACGGCAUUCACAGAGGACUACGAGGAGAAGUUAGUUGUACAACUUCUGUGUCUUACCAAGCAGAGAGACCAUUUGAUGAUAAAAAAUCUCCUGUUGCUUUCACUACUUCUGAUAUGGAAUCUGCUAUGUUGGUAAAAGAGAGAGAAAGCAGUUGUAACAAGGGGGAGAAAGGAGCUCCUCAUUCUCCUAGGAGAGACGAAAGAGCUGAUAUACCUGUUCAGAGAGCAGAGGAACUGUGUGAUACAGAACUUGAUCUAUAUGGUGUCAUAAGGCACAAGAAAAGGCAAUUUAAGUGUACAGUGUGCGACUGUGUACUUUGUAGUAAAUACGCACUGUAUGAUCAUUUGAAAGGAAAGAAGCAUAAAAAGAAACUACUAACUGCAAAGAACAGUUCUGCUAAAGGGUCUGGAAUUUCACAAAGCAGCUUAGAAAGUACCGGUACUGCUUCUGUUUCAGUGUGUUCUGCAGUUGCCUGCUCACAUACUGAUUUUGUUCCAAGUAACAACUGUGAAAGUACAGCAUCUAUUCCUGUGUAUUCUGCUGUUUCCUGCUCACCUUUGAAUACUGUUCCAAAUAACAGUUGUGAAAGCAUAGAAUCUGUUUCUGUGUAUUGUGAUGUUUCCUGCUCACUUGCUGACACUACUACUAUUGUAGAGAACACACACCAGAUAAUAUCAACAAAACAUGCAGUCAGAUUAGAUGAUAUAUGGACAUAUUUUCGUGCACCAUUUCACAUUAACAAAAAAUUCUUCAGGAUUCAUUCAGGGAAAGUAGUUUGCUCCCUUUGUAAUGAAAAGAUAGAGAGAUACAUACUCGGUGUAAAGACACACAUUUCUAAAUUAAGUCACCUAAAUCGGAUAACUGUAUUACAAAACAUAGAACUGGCAAAUAAGUCCUCAAGUAAACGGCUGUUGAAUAUACCAGGUAUUCUAAACAAUAUUAUUCCUAGAACUCAGUUUAGUUUGACAGACAAUGGUUUUUUUUGUAGUGUUUGCAAAUGUUUCUGUGGAAAUACAACCGUAUUAAGUCAUAUGACAGGUGCAAGUCAUGGCGAAAAGCUAGAGGAAAUGAGAAAAUCAAUGGAAAGCAAAAUGGAAGCAACUCGGGCAAGGAAAAAAAGGAAGAGAGGAUUACAUCACUUAAGAGCUAUACAGAACUGUCGCCAACAGGCACAUGUUUAAAGGGACACCAUGUUGCAAAGUGAAACGAAAAUUAGCAUUGUGAUGAGUGUUUAAGAUUAAGUGAAAACAUCAAAGUGAAAUAUGGAAAAAGUAAAUGGAAUAAAUAGCUAUUUAACGAAGAGUGGUGGACUGGGAUAAAGUUUUCAAAUAGGUUGCUUUGGCAGGAGCAAUUUUGAACUUGUUGGGAGGUCUCGACAGUACAUUUUGGAUUUAUGUACAGAGUUUUAUGUGCUUUUUCCUUACAUAAUAUUUAUUUACCUGUUCCCACACACUUUUAAAGUAAAUAUUAUUUUUUGUUGUUUAUAUUAGUUUUUAGUUUUUGUUGUUAUCAUAUGUAAGAUUUAGCUUUAAAGCUGAAUUCAUCAUUCAUUUCGUUGUAGUAACAUUUUCUCUUUCUUAUACAUUUACAUGCCAGCUGUUUACUCAUAUGUCUUGUACAUAUAAUUCUGUUGUUAUCCAUUCAAAAUUUCGCAAUGAGAAAACCAGCUACUUUAGAAAAGAAUGCUCUGGUUCUCUCACACUACUCAAUGCCAUUUUUAUAUAUUACUGAAAAUAAACCAUUUGCUUUAGAUA